GACUUCAGUGUAGUUCAUGGUCUUCUUAUGAAAGGGGAGAGACUUGUGAUACCACCUCAAAUGAGAGCAGAGGUUUUGUCACGUUUGCAUGAAGGCCACCAGGGCGUUUCAAAAUGCAAGGCCAGAGCAAAAGAGUCGGUGUGGUGGCCGGGCAUCUCAACUCAAAUACGUCAGAUGGUAGACAGGUGCGAAACAUGUCAAAAACAUAGAUUACAGUGCUGUGAACCAAUGCUGGCAACUCCUGUUCCCGACCGUCCAUGGCAAAAAGUCGGCAUGGAUCUGUUCGAGUGGUCAAAGAAACACUUCCUGCUGAUUAUUGAUUUUUUUCUCAAGGUACAUUGAGAUAGCUGAACUGAGACACACAACUACAGAGGUCACUAUUAAUGCUAUAAAAGAGGCCUUUGCAAGACAUGGAGUUGCCGAGACUGUGGUAUCGGAUUACGGGCCGCAAUUUUCAUCAGAACAGUUCAAGCACUUUGCCAAAGAGUACCAGUUCACACAUGAAACGAGCAGCCCUAGGUACCCCCAAGCCAACGGGGAGGCAGAAUGCGCUGUUUGUACCAUUAAAGACUUGUGGAAAAAGGAGCUGUUUGAGUCGUUACAAAGUAUGUCUUUAGCUAAAAGGAGGAGGUGUAGCGGUAGACUACUGUUCUCAUAAGGCUGUGUGUGGGGGAACUUCCGGGGUACGAGUAAAGUUGGUAAACAUCAGCCGAACGCGCUGCGUCCAGUGUCAUCAUUUAUACGCACACUGCAGUCACAUGCACCUGCAGGUAGAUAAAAACCUCAAAAGAGACACUGUUUGCCAUUCUGCUCAGAAGCCUUUCAGGAGCAUUCAGAAGGUUGAUUCAAGAGUUCAAGCCACUCCUUACCAUGCAGACAUACAGGAGCAGGAUGCAUUUGGUGUGCAGUUUGUGGCUUUUUCUGACCUUGCUGCAUCUUUCCAACUCGCUGCUGCUGGGAGCCUUUAACAUCAAAUCCUUCGGGGACACCAAAGCCUCCGACGCCACUCUGAUGAAGAUCAUUACCAAGAUUGUCAAACGCUAUGACGUCAUUCUGAUCCAAGAGGUCAGAGACAGCGAUCUCUCAGCGACCCAAACACUCAUGGAUUAUGUCAACGAAGAUUCUCCUCAGUACAAGUACAUCGUCAGUGAGCCUCUCGGUGCGAACAAGUAUAAAGAGCGAUAUCUCUUCCUGUACAGAGAGGCGUUGGUAUCUGUGGCAAAAAGCUACACCUAUGAUGAUGUCCAGCACAACUUUAGCAGGAAGCCAUUUGUCGUAAUGUUCUCCUCCAAAAACACUGCUGUGAAAGACUUUACUCUGAUCCCCCAGCACACUUGCCCAGGCUCAGCUGUUAAGGAGCUAAAUGCUCUCUAUGACGUGGUGUUAGAUGUCCGCACUCGCUGGAACACCAAUGACAUUGUGCUGCUGGGUGACUUCAAUGCAGGUUGCAGUUAUGUGUCCGGGUCUGACUGGCAGCAGAUCCGCAUCUUCACUGACAAGACUUUCCAUUGGCUGAUCACUGAUGCGGCCGUAACUACCGUGUCGCAAACUGUCUGCCCUUACGACAGGAUUGUGGUCACAACGGACAUGAUGAGAGGAGUGGUGCAAAACAGUGCCGAGGUGUAUAACUACAUGACGGACUUGAAUCUCAUACAAAAGCUGGCGUUGGCUGUCAGCGACCACUUCCCCGUGGAGGUGAAGCUGAGUUAGGCUCGCGUUGCUUGAACCGUGACUUCCACAAGCUUUCCACACAUCGUGCUCAAUCUGCAGCCAGCACAAUGAUCAUUCAAUUGGGGGACUACUGUCAACCACAGCUUCAUGAAAUGCAAAUGCACAAUAAAGCUACUAAAGAAAA